UGUAACCAAGACAUUACACGAUUCCUAGUCCGAAGGCAAAGGAAGUAGGAAAACUGUAUCCCACUGCUAAAACCCUCGUUUCUCUUCUUCCCCUCGUGACUCUCGCUUAAAAAACCUAGACUUCUCCCUGUCUCUCUCUGAACAAGAAGGGUAAAAGAAGAAAAUGAGUGUGUCAAUGGAGUUGUUAUCUGCUGGCUGUAGUUCCUUGCUAACAAAAAGGCCAUCUUUUUGUUCAUCUUCUUCAAUGGCUUUGUUUGCUCCAUCCUUAAAGUUUCAAUCUCUAUUGCUUAAACCUAGCGGUCACAGGUUGUCUUUUGAGUAUCCAAGGGCUUUUGUCCCAAAAGGGCUUGGUGUUGGCGUUGGUUUUCGUUCUGGGAAUUCGUUGAACCGACAAAUUGUGGUAUUUGCUGGCUCUCACGAGGAUUCUGAGCAUUCAGAGAUUGAAGUGGAAAAGGAAAGUGAAGAUAAAAAAUUAGAGCGUGAAGAAUCAGAGGAAGCAUGGAAGCAGGCACUAGAAUCUUUCAAAGAACAAGCUUUAAGGUUGCAAAGUGUUUCUCAAGAAGCAUAUGAGAUAUACGCAGAGAAAGCCAUGGUUUUUUUGGAAGAAACUUCAGAGAAGUUAAAGAUUCAAGCAGUGAAGGCAAAGAAGGAUUUGGGUGAGCUAGCAAAGGAACUUGGUGAAGAUAGUAUAGAGUAUCUUGUAGCAGCUACAGAGUAUUCUCCGGAACCAGUGAAGGAGGUUGUGGAAACGUUAUCUUCUUCAACCGAUGAUUUUAAUGAUAUUUCUAAAGUCCGCGAUUUCCAAGUUGGAAUACCAUAUGGUUUAUUACUUGCUACUACUGGAUUUCUCUCCUUCAUGCUGUCGGGCAGCAUCAAUUCCAUUAGGUUUGGUGUCAUUCUUGGUGGUGCACUUCUGGCUUUAAGCGUAUCAAGUUUAAAAUCUUACAAAAGAGGAGAGCCAGAUUCCUUGGCCUUGAAAGCACAGGCAGCAAUAGUGGCUAUAAUCUUUCUUAGGGACAUUAGAAUCAUGAUGACUCAGGGAGCUUCAUUUUUUACUCCUGUUGCAACCCUCGUCAGUGGUGCAGUGGUUGCAUUCUAUCUCUAUAAGAUCGCCGUGGGUGGUAAGCAGAGUAAGGGGUCAGACUUGGGACAUGGAGCAGAAAAUUGAUGUAUUUGUUCCACUGGUGGAAGGUUUACGACAUUACAAGCUCUGGAAGAAAAAAGAUGGGAUCCCAGAAAACAUUGCUUGAUUCUGGAGUGUUGGGUUACUGAUUACGGCUUUUUGUCUACUUUUAGUUUGGGUUGCUAGGCUAUGGGAGAAAGUUUCAAUAAUCUGGCGGAUAUUUCCCCCUUACUGUGCUGAAAUUACCGGUGUUUUCUCCCUCCAAUGCCACAGGGUUAUAUUGAUAUUUGUUCAUUUCGUGUUGUUUAGUUAUAUUGGCGGAUAUGUCGUGUUGUUUUCUCCCUCCAAUACGCUAUUUUAGUGUUGUUAUCAUUUGCCUGGUAGGACCUCGCAGAAGUUAGUGAUAUAAUAAUUUCUAGACAGUAGGAAGACACUGUUCUGUA